AUGCAAUUACAACUGAUCUCAUUUGUUUUGAUUUUGCACUGUAUGGAAUACGCUAACUGUCAGCAACACGCCUCACGGCACCGGCAACACAAACAGAAUGUUGGGGUGAGCACGGGGUGCCAGAGUGGGUGUCAGACCUGCUCCGUUUACAACGGCUGCCUGACCUGCAAGCCCAAGCUCUUUAUUCAUUUGGAGAGGGAUGGCAUGAGGCAGAUAGGUGUUUGCCUGGCGUCCUGCCCCAAUGGUUUUUACGGCAUGCGUUCACCUGACAGAAACGACUGCAUCAAGUGCGGCUCAGAGUGUGACACCUGCUUUAAUAAGAACUUCUGCUUACGCUGUCGAGCGGGCUCUUACUUACACAAGGGAAAAUGCCAAGAGAGCUGCCCAGAAGGACUGGUGCCCAGUGACACAAAGAGAGAGUGUGUCCCUGAGUGCCCAGCGAACUGUGACUCAUGUCUGAACAGUGACACCUGUAAGAAAUGUUUACCGGGUCACUACCUCCUACAUGGAAAGUGUCAUCAUGUCUGUCCAGAGGACUACGAAAUGAGUGAACUCAUGGAGUGCAUUCCAACAGUGCACUGUGAAGUGGGAGAAUGGGGAGAGUGGAGCGCUUGUUCAAAGUCUGGAAAAACCUGCGGCUUUAAAUGGGGACAGCAGACAAGAACCCGAGAGGUGCUGCAGAAUCCUAGCCCUAAUGGCAACCCAUGCCCCUCCACCUCUGAGGAGAGGGAGUGCUUUGUCAAGAGGAGGAGAUGUCAAGGCAAGCGAAAAGAAGAUCGAAAAGGAGAUAAGAGAAAUCGUAAUAAUCGGCGACCCAAGGCAAAUCGCGAGAGAAAGAAAGAUCACGAGAGGGAGAUGGGUGAUCGUGAGGAUUCGGAGAAUAAGAAUAAAACAGAACAGCGACACCAAAGGGGCCAGAAAAGAAAUCCUGCAACAGAGGAGGGAGCAGCUGCACAAUAACGCCCUGGAU